AGAUGGUUUCUUUGCCAAAGGGAAUCAUAACGUAGCUAUCAUAAAAGCUUCAAAGGAUUAUGAAGUUUUUAAGAGAUCAUUUGGUGAUGUUUUUAACAGUGUCAAUGAACUGAAUGAAAGAAAGCAAAUGGAAGUGAAUGGUACAAAUAUUAAUUGGAACUCUUCUUAG